AUGUGGCGGCCGCUGGCCGCGCUCGCCGCCCGCGGGGCCAACGGAGCCCGCGGCGGGGCCAGCAACAGCCCCGGGGCCUGCUCCGCCGCCGGGCCGCCCGCGCGGGACCGCCCGCUGCUGCUGCUGCUGUCGCUGCUCGCCCGCCGCGGCGGUAGCGGGAGAGCGCCGCGGGCCUGGGGACACCGGGACAUCUCCAGUGCAACCGGGAGAGGAACCGGGAGCGGUACCGGGAGAGGGACCGGAAGCGGUACCGGGAGAGGGACCGGGCGGGGAACCGGCAGCGGCACCGGGAAAAGAACUGAGAGCGGGAGCGGGAGCGGCCCCGGGAGCGGCGGCUCCUCCGGGCGGGGCCGGUGGGGAGCCCCCGGGGGCCGCCUGAUGGCCGCGCUCGGCCCCGCCGCCUUCGUGUGGGACGGACAGCGCAUCGAGGAGGAGGAGCUGCGGCGGUCGGCGCAGGAGCUGCAGCAGCUGGAGCAGCCCGAGCAGUUCCGGGAGCAGGAGCGGCCCUGGGAGCUGAUCAUGGAGCGCGAGCACUUCCGGCUCUGGCGCCGCCCCAUCCCUGGCUCGGCCCUGUUCCAGUACCGAGUUUUUGGCUCCUACACAGAUGUCACUCCCAGGCAAUUCUUCAACGUCCAGCUGGACACGGAGUACCGGAAGAAGUGGGACUCGCUGGUGCUCAAACUGGACGUGGUGGAGCGGGACCCGGCCACGGGAUCCGAGAUCGUGCACUGGGUCACACAGUUCCCGUACCCGAUGUACUCCCGUGAUUACGUUUACGUUCGGCGCUACAGCGUCGACAGCGACCGCAACCUCAUGGUGCUCGUGUCACGGGCCGUGGAGCACCCCGGCAUUCCCGAGGACCCCGAGCACGUUCGGGUUCGGAGCUACGAGUCACACAUGGUGAUCCGGCCCCACCGCAGCUUCGACGAGAACGGCUUCGAUUACCUGCUGACGUACAGUGACAACCCCCAGACCGUGUUCCCCCGGUACUGCCUCAGCUGGAUGGUGUCCAGCGGAAUGCCCGAGUUCCUGGACAAGCUGCACUCGGCCGCGCUCAAGGCCAAGAAGAUGGAGCUGGAGCUCAGGGAUUACCUGAGCCCUGCCAAGAGCCCUGAGCCACGGCCUGGAGCGCACCUGGAGUACGCCUGAGAGGUGUGGGGGACAGGGAGAGCUCAGAGACACUGCCCAGGGACAGGGGACGGCUCUGGAAUCACCGGGGAUGGACACGGGAACGGAGCCAAAACCCCCGGGAUGGCAGCGGGAAUAAACUGGGGAUGGGGGCAGAAAUGGCAGAAAUAAACUUGGAAAAAACACA